AUGGUAGAAAAACGAUCAUCAGUCAGAUUCGAACGUGAAGAACAUCAAUUUCGUAUUCGAUUCACAGAUGAAUCUGAUUAUCAGAACAAUACCGAAAGUAUUUUUUCACCAGUUAUUCCAACUGCAGAUGAGAACAUCAACUGGUUGGAUCAGUAUACAAAUGCUCAUCGUAUUGCUGAGGAGAAUAUGAAAUUUAUGUUAACAUGGCUUCUAAAAAUUCCCUUUGUCGAUCUUUUGAAUGAAGUGAAGAUUAACUAUAUUGGUCGAAUAUGUGUUUUUAGUACUGAAAAUGAUCGACUUAGAAUUCAACAAUUCAUCGAUCAUGCUAUAGAAAAGCAUGAUACAUGUUAUCUUAUACAAGCAUACACUGCUAAUACAUCAUUCUUCGGACAACUGAAUACACAUCUUGCUAAACGAGGAUCGACUUUUAGAUUCGAAAGUAAAAUGUUAGAUCGAUUGUGUGAUAAUGAAAUACCUAUGAACUGUGGAGAGUAUAUCUUUGCUGCAUGUCUUAUUCAUCAUCCGUCUGUCGAUCCAUUUUAUCGUGCAUGUGCUCUAACAUAUCGAGGUAUGAAUUUAAAUCAAAGCGAUCUAGACCAAUAUGUUCCAGGUGCUCGUAUUCUUACUCGUUCUUUUCUUUCGACAUCAAGACGACCCGAAGCGGCAUGUUUAUUUCUAGAUUUCAUCACUGGACUAAAACGUCCCGUUCUAUGUGUUUAUCAUAUCACGCAAUCACAAACUGCAUUGCAUAUCAGUGACGUGAGCGAUUUUCCUGAAGAAGAGGAAGUACUCAUUCGACCGUUUGCUGCAUUUUAUGUCAGUAAAGUGGUUAUCGACAGUUUCAAAUGCGAGAGUGGAGGUAAAGCUACACAAAUCUUUCUCGAUGAAGUACCAUCAAGUACUGAACGAUGGCAAACGAAUAAUAAUCAAUCAGACGAACAGAAUUUAACGGAUUUCUACGAUAGCCAAGGUCGAUUGAUCAGUAUUAAUGAAUGUUUCUCUCGUUCAAGAAAGAAAAACACAUCUCUACUCAUUGAAAAUGACAAACAAAAAAUAGACUCGAAUUAUAAAUCAUGGAAUUCAUUAUUAGAAAAAAAUAGUAAGAUAAUUGUAGAGAUUUUGCCCAUGUUAUCACAGCACGAAGACGGAAUUUCACGACAUUCACGUUACUUCGAGUCCAUCAAAUAUUUCUUCACACAAUAUUGUCUAGCAGAAUAUAGUAUAUGGACACAACCUUUAUUAGAACAAUUGUAUGAAAUAAUGCUCACAAUCAAGAAAUUACUCGAAGACAAGCAAAAUGGAAAGAAUUAUGAUGCAAAUUACCUUCAAGUAUUGUUUGCACGUGUUGAACAACGAUCAAGAAAUAUUGACUAUGGAAUUAAUUUUAAAGAGGAUGAACCGUUUAUUAUUAAACAACUCGAAUAUGAAACUGUCCUUGAUCAACGUCGAAAGCAGAGUGAUGUAUCUAAAUCGUUAUCUGCACUCAAUGAGCGCUGCUUUGAUCAAUGUUUGUCGUAUGUUCAGACGUGUAUUGACCUUCAUUCACAUAUCAUCAUAACCGGUAUCGAUAAAGAUAAUGUUGAAUAUCUUGCUACUCAGUUAAAUAUAAUGCCAUUAACAACAACUGAAAAAGAAUAUUUGUCUCAAAACUGUAAUCCACUUAUGAUUCCACUACAAAGUUUUGUUACAUUGAAUACUAUAGAUUCAGAUGUAUCAGAUCAUAUCGAUCAACUAUCGUUUGUAGAAAGUAAACGACGCUCUCUUAUUGAUAGUGUCAAUAAACAAAGUUUGGUUAAUGAUAGUCGUGAUCUCUAUCGAUUACUUGCUGAAACACCUUUGUUGCCAUCAUCAGAACUGCAUUCGAGUUCCUCCUUCCUGAAACAAACAAAAUCUAUAAAUAGUAUUACUGAUGUUAUGAAUAAAUAUCGUUGGAUUGUUAUUCUUGGUGAUCCUGGUAGCGCAAAAACAACUCUUACACGUUGGUUGACACUACAAUGUGCAACAAACUUUAUGCAAAAAUACAAAUCUAAUGAUCAAUUAACAGCAAGAGUGCCUAUUCUUGUUCGUGUUGGAGAAAUUGCCAGUGCGCUUGAUCAAAACUCAUCUCUUUCAUUGAUAGAUUAUUUGUGUCAUCCAACAUGGUAUGGUAAAUCGCUUAUACCAAUGAAUAAUGAUAAUGAUGGACGAUUUCUUUGUGAAUAUAUUCGACAUGGUCAUACAUUGAUCAUUCUUGAUGGACUUGAUGAAAUACCUAAUUUUCGACAACGACAACACAUAGUACAAUUGAUUGAAGAAUUUCUUCAAGAAUGGACUGUUUGUCCAGUUACAUUUAUCGCACCAUUCGAUAAACCAAUCCUGAAUGAUUGGGUUUCUCCAUCAUCUUGUUCAACUAUUGGAAAUCAAGUCAUAAUCACAAGUCGUAGUGUUGGUUAUUACAUGUGUCCAAUUGCUGCGGCACGCAUUCCACAUUAUACUCUUGCAUCUCUAAGCUUGACAGUAAUGAACACUUUUAUUGAUCAUUGGUUUUUCAGUGUAUAUUCAUCACUUAAAAUAUCGGAGUUCAAAUCAAAUCAAGCUUUGACUAGUAUUAAUAGAUUAUCCGAUGAAUUGAAAUCAAUACUGACCAGUGAUGAAGAAGUACGAGAACUAAUAUCAAAUCCAAUGAUGCUUGGAGUGUUAUGUACGUUAAUAUUGUUACAAUCAAAUGAAAGUAUUCUUUCUCUUGGAAAACAUCGAAUAUGUCUAUUAGAUACAAUGAGUAAAUUCACGCUGAAAUCAUGUCCACAGACAUCUGAUAGACGAAAUGUUUUUCUACAACUACUCAUUGAUAUUGCUAUCUAUCUACAUGAACAUUCAUCGUCAGGUCUUAUUGAAGAACUUGAUACGAAAAGUAUUCUGCGAAGAUCAGUUAAUCAUAAUGAAGAUAUUGUCAAUGAUUUUGUCAAGAGAAUCGAUACUGAAGUAUAUCUAUUUGUUCCUCGUGGCUUAUGUAUUUAUGGUUUUUCACAUUUAAUGUAUGAAGAAUAUUACGUGUGUUUGCAUCUUCUAACACUUGAAGAGAAUCACAAAGAUGAUAGUCGCUGGGAAUGUAUUGCUAAUCAGUUUCAUCAUUAUGUUUUUCGUGGUGCACGACUACGUGAACCAUUAGUUUUAGCACUAAGUUACAUUAGUUGGCAAUGGUCAGAAAUUGAUUUUAAUUCAUUUUGUAAUUGUUUGUUACAUAAGAAAGAUAUAAAUCAAUUUAAUGAUCUUAUACCAAUUGGAGCUAUUUGUCUUUUAAUCUCAAUACACGAUCUUGUGCGUUUGCCUUCGACAGAAAUUUUACAAACUAUAUUGAAUCAAUGUAUAAAAGCGACUUUAACUAAUAAAUGGUUUGACAACUUUCCUGCAUUUGUUGAAAUAUUGAAAACAGCGAUAAAUAGUUUACCAGUUACAUUCGUUCAUGAAUGGAUGAUUAGAAUUGCGAAAGAUAUGAUUACGACUAUUGGUGAACUUGUUUUACAAAUGGGUACUUUACCACUUUGGUUUGAUCAAUAUAUUUGUGAUCAUAUGUGGAAUCAACUUGUAUCAACAAAUUAUCGAUUAAGUUGUUGUUUAUUUCCAGUGAUUUCUACCAAUGACAAUAUAUUAUUACCUAGAAAUGAUCUUUGUCAUUAUAUGAUUAAUAAUAACAUAAAAGUUGACCAAAUUCAUCCAUUAAUUCUUUCAAUUAUUAUUUGUCUUUGCGGAGGCUUGAGUAGAUCCAAAAAUGCUGAGAAUAUUAUUGACUUUUCCCCAGAAUUUAUGCAUCGUAACUCUGAUUAUACAUCAAUCCUUAUCCAAUAUCUUCACUCCGAUCCUCAAACACUGUUAAAUUAUUGUCAUCAUGAGAUUUCGUUACAAUCAUUUUAUCCAUCCAUUGAUCUUCUUGUAAUGUGUUCUUGUCUCGAAGGUUGUAAAGAUGAAUGGUUAACAUGGUCAUUAAUCCAACAAUUACAAGAUUUUGCCAUUUAUAUUUGUAGUAUUUAUUUAGCGAAAGAUAAACCGAAUAAUAUCUUCAGACCUAAUACAGAACAAAUUAUAUUGUUAUUAACUUCACUAAUUAAUUGUACUGAUCAGGAUACUUCAGGUAAUUCUCUAACGUCAUUUAUUAUUAUUGCACUAUCCCGUAUAUUAUUAAUUCGUGACAAAGAUUUUAAAACGAUUAAUUUACCAUAUGAAAUAUCUCAUUUGAUUGAAUCACAAUUAAAUAGUGAAUUAUUCAUUUUAUCUCGAUCAUCUCAACCUGAUCAAAUACCAAUGGUAUUUCGUCGUUUAUUAUCAUCUCAAUGUCUAUCAACUUCACAAUGUAUUUUUUUAUCAGCAGCAUAUAUAAUUGAAUUAGCUAUUGAUGCUUAUGAACGAUGGUGUAAUAUAGUUCCAUCCAUAUUUACUGAAAAUAAUAUUUACGAAAUAUUAACAUUUGAAAUAGCUCAAUGGAUCAAUACACGAAUACAAAUAGCAAAUGACGAAGAAUGUCGUCGACUUAGUCAAUCUUUAUUCAAAUGUAAGACAUUUAGUGAUAAUAAAACAUGUCAAAUUCUUAUUGAUUGGCUUUCAUUCAUUGAUAAUCCAAAUCUUUAUCAAUUUUCUUAUCAUGCUGCAUUUCUUCUUUUCAAUAUCAAUUCAAAUGCCACAAAAAUAUGUUUUCAAUUGUUAGGAAAUGAACUCGAUGAUUUUCGUCGUCGAUCUAAAGAACUCAUCAAUCAAAAUAUUAUAUCAAGUGGGCAUUUAGGACACGAAGGAUUGAAAUCUCUUGUUUAUAUCAGUCAUAAUUGGACACCUACGAUAACACUUUAUUCUCUUGAGUCGUUCGAUAAGAGUCGAUUACGUCUGACACACAAGUAUCAUUUAAAUUCUUUAUUUGAUCUACUAGAAAAUAUAGAAAAUACUAAUAUAUUGAGAGCAUUUUCAUUUAUAUUUGAUCCACCAAUUCAAGUUGAUUUUAUUACACGAUUAGAAAAAUGUCAUGCUGCAACAGAGGAUUCUAUCGUUACUGCAUUAAUCAUUUUUUCGCGUACAAAAGGCAAAUGGAAUAAAUUUGAAGUCAAUCGAGGUAUUGCUAUUGUUGUUCACUUACUGAAUCAAUAUACAAGUUCAAAUAAAGUGAGUAGUGCAGCGCUAUCUGUUUUUAUAAGAUGGAAGUCUUAUAAUUAUAUCAAACAUAUUAUAAUUCAAAAUUGUUAUCCUGAAAGUACACGUAUUCAUGCCAUACGAUGGUUAUAUAGGAAAGGUAGAUGUAAAAGCCGAUGGCAGUUACUUGCAUGUAUCACAUCGACAUCGUCAUUGUCAUCUUCUAUUAUCGAUGCAGCUUGGGAGGGAAGAAUUUGGUCACAAUGCCUAUGUUUAACUUACGAUAAUCAACAACCAUCAGUGAAAACUCUCUUAGAUUAUUGUUCUAACGAUCAUUUAAGAGUUUUUCGCAGUCUAAUAGCAUUACAAUCCGAUCGUACAGAUGUAUCAUGGAUAGAUGAUUGUGGGAUGGUACAUCGAAUAUUUGGAGAAUUUUAUACUGAAUAUAAAUUUGAAACUAUGGACGCUGUAUUUGUUUAUACUAUUUGUAUCAGUUUAAUAAAUGCUCAAAAUAAUCCAUCCUCAACAUUAUGGGAUACGAACCUCUUACUUGCAGCUGAGUAUAUUAAAAAACGCGAAGUCGAGUUUUUUCGUGCUAUUCAAAAUAGCAUACUGGGAGAACAAGACUUUAAAAAGGCGCUUUAUAUCAUCAGCAAACAGAAUGGUGUACGACGACGAGUAGCCAUCCUGAAUUUACUUGUUUAUUAUGGAGAAUUAACGAUGGAGACUGCUCAAUUGUUUCUUAAUAUGUGCUUUGAAACAUAUUAUCACCAACAAAAUGCUUAUAACUUGAUAUGGCGUUUAAGACGUGUAUCGAAUAGACUUGUUAGUGAAUAUCUGUUAGAGAAACUGAAAACUGAAUCAUUGCAGCAACGUUACAUAGCGGCUCUUCUCCUUGUACAAUUAGCUGUGAAUGAUCAAAUAUCAAUAAAUACAGUCUCCAUAUGUAUCCGAAAUACUAUUAAUGAUCCGAUAUCAGCUAAUGAUGUUUAUUUGACUUCCAUGUUGUUCACUACUAAUAAUUCUUACAUGACUGAACCUUAUCGACGAGGACGUCUAGAUCAAGCACUUACUACUUUACUCAUGCAAUUCACAUCUAUUGCUGGACAGCCUCUCACCCAAGAAUAUAAACCAUACAAACAUUACAAUCAGAUCACAACAACAUCAUCAUCAACCACAUCAACAACAUCGUCAUCAUCAUCAUCAACCACAUCAUCACCAUCAACAACAUCGUCAUCAUCAUCAUCAACCACAUCAACCACAUCAACAACAUCAUCAUCAUCAUCAACAACAUCAUCAUCAUCAACAACAUCAACAACAUCAACAACAUCCUCAUCAUCAACAACCACAACAUCCUCAUCCUCAUCAACCACAACAUCAUCAACAACAAUAACUACAACAAUUUCAACAACAACUACUACUACAGCAACAACAACAACUACUGCUGCUACUACUACUACUACUACAACAGCAACGACAACUACUACUACUACUGCAACAACAGCAACAACAACUACUGCUACUACUACUACUACAACAACAGUAACAACUACUACUACUACUACUGCAACAACAACAACCACUACUCCACCUUCUUGCAGUACUGCUUGUUGUGGUACUACUACUACUUGUAUUCCUUGUCUUAAUGACAAUAAUAAUAAUAACCUUGCUUACUGUUAUCACAUUGAUUAUAGUGGUGUUUCUUAUUCUGCUGAUUUUCAUAAUAACAAUGAUUGUACUGCUGCUGCUAAUGCUUAUGCUAGUGGUAGUAGUGGUUAUGAUGCUUUUUUUAAUAAUGGUGGUACUGAUUUUUAUGAUUGUGAUACUGGUGUUGGUACUGUUGUUGGUUAA